CACAGCUUCAGUACACACAUACAUCUCCAAGCUACGAUGGGAUCUACUACACAGAGAUUGUUGGUGCUGAUACUUUGGGUGACACUAAUGGAUACUUCCGCUGAGGACACCUGUGCAGACGUGAAGCUUGUUGGAGUAGAGGAGUCAGACUUGUCAUUUCUAAGCGGAUGCAUGGGCCACCCUGGGAUAACAGGACUGCAGGGACCACAAGGACCCACUGGAAUUAAAGGAAUAAAAGGGGAUCGAGGAUUGAAAGGUGAAAGAGGUGAUAGAGGAUCUCCUGGUAUGCCGGCCCGUGGUGCUGCACAGAACUGUAUGGAGCUGCAGGACAAGAGAUCUUCUCAGAACGGCUGGUACACAAUAUAUCCACCCCAAGGAACUCCAAUCAUGGUGCUAUGUGAUAUGGAAACCGACGGAGGUGGCUGGAUUGUAUUUCAAAGACGUAUGGAUGGAUCAGUGGAUUUUUUCAGAGACUGGAAUUCCUACAAGAGAGGGUUCGGCAAUCAGUGGGGCGAGUUCUGGUUAGGGAAUGAUAACAUUCAUCGUCUUACUUCCUCUGGUAUAUUUGAACUACGUGUUGACCUUACAGAUUUUGAUAACAAUCAAACUUAUGCCUUGUACAAAAACUUUUCUAUUACUGGAGAAUCACAAAACUACACACUCCGUUUGGGGAGUUUCUAUGGAGGAACUGCAGAUGACUCUUUAUUUAAGGUGCACAAUAACAAGGCAUUUACCACCAAAGAUAAUGACCAUGACACAGCUUCAACAGCCAAUUGUGCAGCAUUAUACAAAGGUGCUUGGUGGUACAGUGCUUGCCAUGAUUCCAAUUUGAAUGGGCUGUAUCUGAAAGGCGAGCACAAGGAAAAAGGAAAGGGUAUAACCUGGCAUUAUGGCAAAGGGCCAUACUACUCAUACAAAGUAUCUGAAAUGAAGUUCCGUCCACAAACUUAACAACGAAGAUAGAAAUUCCAGCUUAAGAUCUGCAAUAAAUCACUUCAAUGAUGAAA